AUGAAAAAUCACCUCGAAAGAAACGCAAAAGGAACAACAGAAAAGAAAGAUCAGAGGGGCAACGCAAAUGAAAAAGAGAAGGAGGAAGAAGAGAGACGAUAUGGAAUGAACGCAAUUUAUCACCAACCUGUUGGCGGAAUGGAGGCCAGGCGAAUCGACUCCUUUAGCAGGAUAAAAAGAGUUGCAAAGGAAACCCUUUGGAACAUUGAGAAUUUCCAAGAGGACGAUGAGAACGUGGUGUGCUUCAAAAACUUCGUCCAGAAGGACAUAUCGGAUGAUAACGUGAACGAAGGGGGCGACAUCAUGUUCGACCAUUUUGGAAAUGAAAAGAGAAGUGAGAGCAGACAGGACAUCAGAAGCCAGAGUGGAAGUCAAAGUGGAAGCCAGAGUGGAAGCCGGAACGGAAGCGGGAACGGAAGUGGGAACGGAAGCGAGAGUAUACGAGAGAGUAUGCGCGGGAGUAUACGCGAGAGUAUACGCGAGAGUAUGCGCGGGAGUAUGCGCGAGAGUAUGCGCGGGAGUAUGCGCGAGAGUAUGCGCGAAAAGGUGAUCACGCUCAACAACAAAGGCAGGAGCCGCAACCCUCCUCGAGACAGCAAGCACAAUCCAAUGACGGGACUGAAUUUAACGAACUACAUGCUGGUGCCAGACGAGAUCAGGCACAAGUACACAAAAACGUACUUGUUCCAAAUAUCAAAAAGAUUGCUAGUCAUGAAAAAACCGUGGAGAUUACCCAAGAAUGUAGAGCUACAAAUCAACAAUGUGUACCAUUUGUCCAAUUACAUAAAAGUGCUGGAGAGAAUUUCGAGUGAAUAUCUGAAUGACCCCCCUAUUAAUUAUUACUACAAAGGGUUAGAGCUGUACAACAAAAAUGUUUUUGCAAAUAUAGAUUACUUGUUAAAGAAGGUAGACAUAAAAAAGAAUCCCAAAAAUUUUCAAUACAGAAAUUUAAUUAAGGUAAAUGAGUGUUACUACGAUUUAAGCACCUUUGGAAAAUCUCCCAAUGCCAUGUUUUAUCAAUCGUAUGUCAUAUGGGAUGUUCAUGGAAGUAGCUUAACCCUAGAACAGGAAUAUGAAAAUUUUUUCGACUCACAAAUUAUGGAUUAUAGCUUUGGAGAAAAGGAGUACCCCAAUUUGAAAUACAUUUUAAGCAUCUGCAGCUCAAUCCUAUUUUGGCUAAACUUUAACAAAAAAGACAACUUUGCGAUUAUUAAUUACCAUAAAAUUAGCUCCUUCAUUUUGUUAAUUUUCUCUUGUGUCAUGCUAGUCAUAGAUAACACUUUAACCUUUUCCCAAAUUCAAGAAAUCCUCUACAAGUCGUCGAAAAUAAGUAACAGUGAUAAGGAGAAUGAAGAGGAUAACAUCAACACGAAUAUUACUUCAAACUAUUUUGGAAACAAAUAUGAGACUCUUUCAAACGGGGAAAAAUCGGAUGACACGUGUAACAUAACGACAAAUCUGCAAAGAGACAAAUAUGAGAGAAGUGGGCGCAAAUAUGACAAUGAGGAGGACACCGCCCUUCGCAGCAACAGUUAUAAGGAUAACUCCAUCGAGAAAAAUUCCUACACGAAGAAAAGAGAAAUCUCGGAUUCGGUGAAUAUCUACAAUUUUAGUAACUACAACAGCGAUGAUUACCCCACAUAUGACAACCAUUUUAACGGAGGUGAUAUGACUUUCGCCACGAACGAAUAUAAAUCACGUAACCACGUGAAUGAGUUUAACAAAAUGCAAUACCAUACAUUAAAUUUGAGCGGAAAAAGUGCAGAAUACGAUAAUGAGAUGGCAGGUUCACAGAACAGGAAGAAGACCAAAUUUUCAAACUCCUGGGGAUUUGAUCUAACAAACAGAGAAAAUUACAAAAGUAACAAUAAAGUAAAGGACCACCACUUUUGGAUUCCAUUUGAUUACUGGAAAUCUUCUCACAAAAGAUAUUUUUUUUACAUUUAUGAGUUAAUGAAAAAUAAAAAUAAAAAAGUGGAAAAUGUGCCCUUUAAGUUGAAGAGCAUUGUUUUUAGCGACUACGUCAUGUGCUCCGUUUCGGUCGAGGUGUAUGAGAUUAUUUACAAAGAUAAUCAGGAAUUUCACCUGGACGUUUUGUCCGAUUGUGACUGCGACACCGCUGGGGAGGAGGGGUCCACGGGCGAGGGUACAAGCGGAAGCGGCGAACCAAGUGUUGAGCAAGGUGGUAAACACGGUGGUAAACAAGGCGGUAAACAAGGCGGUAAACAAGGCGGUAAACAAGGCGGUAAACAAGGUGGUAAAGGAAGUGAAAACCAGAGUGGAAACCAACGUGAUGACCAAUACAGCAACCCUAGCGAAUGCACCGAGGUUGGUGAGUCGAAUGAGGACUACACGCAGAAUGAAGAAUCAAAGGGAGAAGGCCUCCGUGAAGAUGAAACCUUUUACAGGGACUCUUCCGUGGAGGGGAAGCUAAAACGAGGAAACCCAAAUGAACGCGAUUCGAAUGAUCCCUUGAAGGGAAGGGAUAGCAGUGAUUACUCCAACGAGAUGAUCCUCCCCCCAGCUAGCGUAAAAAACGGAAAUGGCAAUAUAUGUGGAGUAUAUAAACCCAUGGGUAGAAAAUCAAGCACGGAUAACAUUCCAUACGGAGAAAGUAGAUCCCCUAGCAGGUUAAAAGUACCAAAGGGUCAUCUCACCGCUGACAGCAUUUUUAUAGAUAGGAGCUAUGAACCAACUGCGUGCCUGAGAAAUAAAUUGAGGAGGACAUCUUCUUCUUAUAGAUUAAGGAACGGCUCAAAUGGGUGCAGUGACAGCUGCGAGGGGGAGUCAUUUAAUACAGUGAAUCAAUCAAAUCGGUCAAUUUCGCGGAAUCGAUCGAAUCUGUCCAACUCGGUCAAUUCGUCUAUUGGGCCAGACUAUGAACGAAGUCUGGAGGCCAAACCGGGGAAGGGAGAAGGAGGAUUCGCUGAGCACCUUCCGUUCGACCUCCGCAGAGGAAAUGGCCCCAUCACACACAAAAUAAGACAGCAUGAGGGGAAGUACUAUUCUCCCAGAUCACUCAGUUCAGUUUCGUCCAAACCAACAUCGGUAGAUCACGUGUACAGAUACAAAAAUGAGGGCAUUGCAGGCAGUAGAAAUAUUCAAAGGGAAAGGUCCAAAGGGAAGAAAACUACCAACGCGCAAGUGAACACAAAAGUGAAGAUAAAGACGAAGGAGAAAAUGAAGACGAAAUCGUGCACAUUUUUUCCACAAAAGAAGACGAAGAGAUCGGCCGAAUCGAAUGAACCGCUCUCGCCCGUGAUAAAGAAACACAGUUGUGAUGUGCCCAAAAUAGGAGAAGCGGAACAUAAGAAAGACACCAAAUGGAAGGAAAAAAAAAUUUACGAUUUUUUAAGGAAGAAUAGAAAAAAGAACCAGAAAAAAGGGGAAGAUAGAAAUAAAGGAGCAUCUUGUGCGAAAUCAGGAUAUGAAUACUUUUUAAAAUGUAACAACCUAAGUUACAACAUCGUGUCGUCGUACGAGAAGAACAAAAAAAAAUAUGUGACAAUCGAUUUCACACAUGACGCUGAAGGGAAUACCAAAGAACACAUCAUAUGUGGAGAUAUUCUCAUACUAAUUGGACACAAAAAUAUAGAAAAAUUUCAUAAAGGAUUUUCAAGUUCUUAUUCUUUCCAUACUGGUUUUUUAAAGAAGGCCUCAUCCGAAAUCCUUCACAUAAGGAAAGAAGACAUGGACAUUAACAGCAACUACGAAAGCUACAUUCCGGAUGGCAUGAAAUUGUCCAUCAUUUUGGACUCCGCUAAUAGAAAUGACUGUAUGAAAGCGUACAAAAGAAAUUUAAAGAGUCAUAACAAAAUGGAAGAUUUGAAAUCGUUGAGAAUUUUCGAAAAAAAUAAAUCCUUCGAGUCGAAUGAUUCGGAGCAUGUUGUGUAUGGUCUGCGAGCUAGUGGAACUACCAUUUCGGCCUCUGAUGUGGGAAGCUGCAAUGGGGAAGAGACAAGCGUCAGGGGAAAGGGCAGAAGGAGGACAAAGGGAGGGAGAGAAGAUGAUUCAGAUGAAGGAGAGGAGGAGGGAAAAACCAAAUGGAGGAAGGGAAGAAGCGGCCACAAUGUGAUGAAGUGCAGAAGGGAGGAAAUGGGAAAAGUAGACGACGAUGAGGAGGAUGAAGAAGAAGAAGAAGAAGAAGAAGAAGGAGAGGACGAUGAAGAGUGCAUAGAACAGCGAUGCGAACAUCGCAGUGAUAAGGAGGACGAGCCAAACGAGACCACCCAUCACAGGGGAGAAACAAAACGGACACCACAGCAACGUAGAGAACACGCGCGUUACUCACCACCAGAGCAGAGGGAACAGAGGAAUAAGUCAAACUUUAGCAAUAGCAAACAAAUGGAUUUCCAUUCGAAGAUAAAUUAUAGUGGCUACUCAAUUUUCAGCGAAAAGGAGCCCAAAAUAAAAUACAACGCUACGAACAUAACGCAACUGUUAACGUCCCUCUUCGGUUUUAAAAAUAGAGAAGACAAAUAUUCUUUAAUAAAACAAAACGUAUGUUCUUUGUUGUCCUCCAAAAGAUCGUUUUCAAAUUUAAUUUCCUUAAAGGAUUAUUUACAGAGACAAUAUGAAGUAAUUACCAACCCGACAGAGAGUAUGUACAAUUUUGUGAAGAAUCAUGUUUUGAAGGUAAACAUCCCUCUGGUACAUUAUUUAAAAAAAAUAACUCAUUUGUCGAAUUUGAAAAUUUAUUUUUCCCUAAAGUUGUGCAACAAUGAUUUGAGUAAGUCUCUCAAUUUUAUUGUCUCCAUAUGGGGAAUUAACAUCUUAAAAAAAAAAAGUUCCAUUAGAUACUCCUCAACUUUGAACGAGCUCCCAGAAUUUAGGGAAGAGUUUAAAAAAAUCGCCCCCCAUGGUGUAGGCAUAAAAACACCCACUGAGUUAGCAAAACAUGUAAAUCAUUUAGACAGCACAAAUGUCAGUUGUACACACGUGGACGUGUACGAAAAAUUGGAUGACAGUUCAAAUCUGUUUAAGGAGUACGAACAGGUAGCGGAAGAUGAGGAAGUUGAAGUGGUACUUUCGAAAGAAUCGUGUAGGAGAGUGAGCUCGCUCCAUCGCUUGGAGGAGACGUUCGAAUGGACGAGGGACCCUGGGAAGAUCGUGCACCUGAAGGAGCUGCAUCCCUACAGAGAAAUCGAGGCGGUGAGUUCGAUGAGUGGGGCAAAAAGGGAGAGAAAAAGGGAAGAAGCAAGUGAAGCAAAAAUUGAUACACAAAAUGAAGUUACACGCGGCGAACCAAAUGAAGCCCCAAGUCAGGCCAAACCCAAGGAACCCGCGACGCAUAGGAUGCAAAACGAGGGACGCUCCGAAGUGAUCACAAACAUAGACGGAAUAAAAAUUGCCAAGCUGGAAAUCAACAAGACAUACCACCAAAUAAGGGAAGAAACAAAUUUUGCAAAAUUGAAAGAGCAACCAGAUUUCAGAAAAAACGAAAAGGAAAAAGUCCAGGCACAUAAAGAAAAAACUAUAGAGGACAAUGAAAGUUUUCUGAAAAGCAUGGUGGAAAAAGACGAACCAUUAAAAGCGAUAGAACAGCCUAGCACAAAAAGUGAUAUAUUAAAAAAAAUAGAAGAAAGUAAUUAUUUUUACGCAAAAUUGCCCAGUGGAGAAUUGGUAAAAUUAAAAGUAAAGGACACGAACGAGUUAGGUACAUACGAAAAAAUGCCUCUUCUGCUCAUUGAACCUGUGGAUGAUUCAGGACAUUUUACACGUGCAAUGAGUGGCUUAAGUUUGAAGGAGGAAUCUCAUAAAAAUCAAAACGCCACCCUGGACAAGGCCACUAAUAAAGAUUGCCUAAUAAACGAUUUGGAAAAAAUGUAUGACCAAAUGAUUAUGAAAAAGAACAGCGUUGAGUCCACGUUGAGUAUCGAAAGUGAUAGGUCCACUAUGUCUAGGUAUUCCACGUCCCUCGUAGAGCCCCCCCUCGUUUCUAUCUCGAAGGGGGGGGUGCCCGCGGGGGAAAAAGUGGAGGUCAAAUUGGGUCAGAAAAUGGAGAUAAAAAUGGGAGAGAAAAUGGACCAAAAAAUUGACGCCAAAAUGGACCCAAGCGUGGUAGUGAACCCCCCCGAGCUAGCAGCCAAGGAACUGACCAAGCCACUGGCCAAGGAACUGGUCAAGCAACCGGCGAGCGAGGGUCAAACGAAGGCAAAGGCCGUGGAGGCGCUCCUCAAAAAAGCGAAGGAAAAAAGACCGCCGCCCCCGUUGCCACCCGCGCUACAGAAAAGACCCCCUUCGAAAGCGACGGCGGAGGGGAAAGAAUCAGGAGGGGACACAAAAAAAGAAAGUAGCGCCAAACCAGGGGUGCCCAAAAAAAUGGGGAAGAAAAUGCCAGGCCCUCCUCCUCCCCCACCCCCAUUUAUGUUAAGUAAAGGCAAAAUGGGAGAAAAAGCCAAAAUGGGAAUGAAAAAAUGCGCAAUGAAUUUUGCACCGAAAAAGUACGUGAAAAUCCAAGAAAAAAGACCCCUAGGAAUUAAACUACACUGGCAACUAUUACCAACACACAAAAUUGAAGGAACCGUUUUUAAUGAAAUAAAAAGUCAGGAAGCAAAGUAUAAUCUGAUCGACACAAAAGCUGUUCACAAAUUAUUCGCUCGAGUAAAAGGAGAAAAGAAAAUUGUAAAAAAAAUCACAGAAGAGAAGAAAAAAAGCAGCGAAGAAAAAUUAAUAACCGUUUUGGAUAGAACAAGAGCUCAGAACAUCGGAAUUUUGUUACGAUUUCCUAUGAGUACCCAAGAAAUUGUGCAGAAGAUAAGCGUAUUUGACCUUGAAAAUAUGAAUACAGAGUUUUUGCAAAAGGUAUUGCACAUUUUACCAACGAAGGAAGAAAGUGAUAGUAUUUUACAAAAACUGGAACAUGAAAAUGUGAAAGAAGAAAAUUUCAGAGAUGUUGAAAGGAAGCUAAUUCCAUUUGUUUAUAUGGACAAAUGUCAAUGUAAGGUAGAAAUUUGUUUAUUUUCACUAAAAUAUGAAAAAAUGAUGAAUGAAAUAAACAAAGAUUUGGAUACUUAUGACAAAGCUGUGAAGGAAGUACGAUCAAGCAUACGCUUGAGGUCUUUGCUGAAGGCCGUUCUCAAAUGGGGCAAUUAUGUCAACUAUGGUGUUAAUGACAAUGAAGAUUUAGUCGCCCUAGGGUUUACCUUAUCAUCAGUGUUGAAGCUAACAGAAUUUAAAUCGUCCAUAGAUAAUAGCAUCACCUCGUUGCACUAUAUCACUGUUAGUCUUUGUACCUAUUUACCAAAUUUAAAUAUGAACCUUCUAGAAAAUGACCUAAACUCCGUUUCAGUCGCGUCCAAAAUGUCGUCCGAAACGGUAGAUAUUCUGCUAGCUUCACUCGAUAAAGAAAUAAAUUACAUCAGAGAGCAGUUGAAAUGUACCUAUGAAGAUGUUUUUAAAGAAAAAAUGAAAAAUAUUUUACAAGACAGCGAAACGAAGUAUGCCAAUGCGCAAAAGAGAUACGAAGAAACGAAAAAAUCUGUGCAGCAGUUGGGUACCUACCUGGGGGAAGAUAUGUCAAAAAGUGCAAACCUCGAAAGCAUAUUUAUUAUAUUAUCCUCUAUUGUGGAUAAUUUUACCAAAUGUUACAAAGACAUCUUGGCCAAUCCCAAAAAGUUUUCCAUAAUGCUAAAUGAUGAAAAUUUACUAGAUGAAUAUUACACCUUUUUUGGAAAAAAAAAAAAUAAAAAUUUGCCCAGCUCUAAAAAUUAUACCCCAAUAAGUAAAGAAGCAGUAACGAAAGAACAAGGUGCAACAAAAGAGAGUGAGAAAGAAAAUGGGAAGAUAAAAAUUAAUAGAAUCCAAAGCUGCAUUGGUAUAGUCAGAAAAAAUGAUAACGCCAAGAGUUCCAUGUUUCAGCUGAGGACUAAAUUAAUGCAGGACAUACAGAAUAGGGCUUUCAUCAAAAGGGGGGACUCGGAUGUAGACAAAGUACAAUGUGAGCCAACGAUCCGUUUGUGCAACAAGAAAGAUACGCCUAUCACGAAUACCGGAUUGGGGAAAAAUAACGGUGGGGCAGAAAAUGCACAAGGUUUAAAUGAAAACGGGAAUGGCGUUGAUGCAAAGGGGGAAAAUGUGCCGCAUGGAUACGCCUUGGGGGGCGAAUUAAAAAGGAGGGAAAACUCGGCUAGAAGUGUAAAUGAGACAAGGUUAGGGCAAAAAAAAACCACUGGAAGUGUAAAGGAUGAGACAAGGUUAGGUGCGGAUAAUCCCCUCGGAAGUGUAAACAACGAGACGAGGUUAAGAGAGAGACUAAACUGUGAUGAAAAGGCAAAUGGAGAUAUAGCCACUGAGGUGAACCUGGAAGAGGGUCCAAAAAUCGAGAGCAAACCCAACGCAAGUACCAAAAUUGAGGACAAAAUAAACGAUGAGAUAGAUGGACUCGUGGGGGAAGACAAAAUGGUGGAAUAA